AUGGCUCAGGAAUACAAGAUCAAGGACCUCUCGUCCCUCGACCUCUCGCCUGGCGCGAAGAAGGAGGUCGAGGUGGAGGGUAUUGAGAAUGGCAAGGUCUUGCUUGUUAAUGUCAAAGGAAAGAUUCAAGCUGUUGGUGCCAAGUGCACUCAUUAUGGCGCUCCUCUUGUCAAGGGCGUGCUGACGAGUGAGGGUCGAUUGACCUGUCCAUGGCACGGAGCUUGUUUCAACGCCAAAACCGGCGACGUCGAAGAUGCUCCUGCCCUCGAUCAUUUGCCCGUCUUCCAAGUCGCUGAGCGAAACGGCGCCGUGUACCUCACAGGCGAAGAGGCCGCCGUCAAAGGAUCGCGAAGAAAGCCCAAUAUCAAGUGCGCAGCUGCUAGCGGCGCUCAAAAGGAAAAGGUCGUCGUCGUUGGAGGAGGUUCAGGUACCUUGGGCUUGGUCGAAGGUCUUCGCGAGAAGGGCUACAAGGGUCCAUUGACCGUCAUCUCCAAUGAGGGCUACUACCCCAUUGAUCGCACCAAGCUGAGCAAGGCUCUCAUGACGGACCUUAGCAAGCUCACUUGGCGAGACAAGUCUUGGUAUGAGAGUGGAUCUGUCCAAUUUAUUGAGAGCGAGGUCACUGGUGUCGACUUUAACGAUCGACACGUCACGACGGAUGACGGCAAGAAAGUUGAGUACACCAAGCUUGUCCUUGCGACAGGCGGAACGCCCAGACGAUUGCCUCUUCAAGGGUUCAAGGUGCUUGACAACAUCUUUACCCUACGGAGUGUUCACGACACCAGAAAGAUUGUGAACGCGAUCGGUGAGAAGGGUAAGAAGAUUGUGGUCAUUGGCUCCUCGUUCAUCGGAAUUGAGCUAGCCGUCGCGACAGCCAGCGACAACCAAGUCACCGUCGUCGGCAUGGAGAAGGUCCCUCUUGAGCGAGUCCUCGGUGAAAAGGUUGGCGCAGGCCUCCAGAAAUCACUCGAGGGCAAGGGAGUCAAGUUUUACAUGGGCGCAAGUGUUGACAAGGCCGAGCCGGAUACAUCCAAUCCUUCCAAUAUCGGAGCUGUCUAUCUCAAGGACGGCACCAAGUUGGAUGCUGAUCUCGUGGUUCUUGGUGUCGGUGUCGCCCCUGCGACUGGGUUCCUGCAAAACAACAAGGCCGUUCAGCUGGAGAAGGACGGCUCUCUGAAGACGGACGAUAGCUACGCCGUUGCUGGUUUGAAGGACGUCUAUGCGAUUGGCGACAUUGCUACCUUCCCUUAUAACGGGCCUGGCGGCGAUGGAACUCACAUUCGAAUCGAGCAUUGGAACGUGGCGCAACAAUCCGGUCGCAUCGUCGCGAACCACAUCGUUGAUCCAUCAAGCAAGCCCGAGCACUUUAUCCCCAUCUUCUGGUCGGCUUUGGGAGCUCAGCUGCGAUACUGCGGAAACACCAUACCCGGCUUCGAUGACAUUAUUGUCGAGGGUGACCCGACCGAGAACAAGUUCAUCGCCUACUACUGCAAGGGAGAUACGGUGGUGGCUAUGGCAAGCAUGGGAAGAGAUCCGGCAAUGGCCCAGAGCGCAGAGCUGAUGAGAGUCAACAAGAUGCUUACAAAGACUCAGAUUCAAGAGGGAAUGAGUGUGUUGUGA